GUUUUUUGUUCGUGGCCGCAAGCGAAAGUGUGUCGCGUUGGUAUAUUUCCCCGUCGUCGCGUUCCGUUUGUGAAAAAACGCUCUUCUCGUUGAAAAAGGAAAUCGGGGAAAUUCUUUCUCGUGGCAACUGGGCAAAGUUACUUCUAUAAUGUGCAAACAAGUUUAACUCAUAGGCUGUGUUGUAUAGAAAUGUAAAAAGUGUGAGAGGUUUAAAGUAUCCGCCUAGCGAUAAGUUGAAAAGUUCUACCAGUGUCGAGCCUUUUUUUGCUCGAUUGUGCGAAAACGUGAGACAAUCCCGUGUGUGAGUCAGCUCGAUACAGCGCUGGCAUUGGUUAAAAAGUAAACGAAAAAAAACCAUCCGCUUUCGUCUGGGAGCUAGCAAUUUUGAUUUAGCAGUGGAAACAGGCUUGCGAGCCCUAGUGGUAGUUUUGGACAGUUAUUUCUCUCUAUACAAUGGUAAAUCUGAACGGCACAGCGGACAACACGCAAGGAUUACCCCCGGUGCAUUAUCUGCACGAAUUGCCGCAGGCGGACGAGGAACGACUGGAGAAAAUCUUCAACAAGCUCGACCGGGACGGGAAUGGCCGCAUAGACAUCCAUGAUCUGUCCUCAGCGCUGAAGGAGUUCGGCCUGUCCCAUCAAUAUGCGGAGGAAUACGGACAUUCAUUAUUUUUCCAGCGUUUCCUCAAGCAGUCGGACCAGACCCAGAGCGGUGAUGUCGGCUUGGCCGAGUUUAUUCAUUAUGUGCGAGAACAUGAGAAAAAUUUACGCCUGCAGUUUACUCACCUGGACAGGAACCGAGAUGGAAUGGUGGAUUUGGAGGAGCUGAUUACCGCCUUCAAGGAGCUGGGAAUCGAAAUAGAUCGGCACGAGGCGGCCAAGUUACUUAAAAGGAUGGAUAAAGAUGGUAGUCUCAAUAUCAGUUUCGACGAGUGGCGAGACUUUCUUCUUCUGGCUCCAUCUUCAGAUAUCCACGAGCUCGUCAAGUACUGGAGGCAUUCUACCAAUCUAAGAUACAAUGAAGCGUAUCUAGCGAUGAUUGGCCGUGAAGUGCCCUCCUCGAAUCUUUUGUCUUCUUCUUCUGAAAUUUCACCACCAACAGUUGAUGCCCUUGAAAAGUUGAAUAACAAAAACAUUGCCACAAACACUGGCACAACACCGGUGACUAGCAUGACUCUCAUUGAUGCAACUAACAAUAGCAACAUCCCUACUACUACUACUACUAGCCUAGGAACGACACCCGACGAAAAUCUCGAUCCUCUGCUCAGUCUGAUCGAUCUAGAGCAAGCGAUCGAACAUAUCACUGAGCUAAUACUGAAUCCGAGCCUGCUGAAGACCGGCUCCUCCAGUGCUUCCGCCUUUGCGGGUGUGCACAAAUUCCACAACACACAUCUGCUGGUGGAUGGUAAGUAUUUGGAUAUCGGUGAGGAUCUGAACGUACCUGAUGAUUUCACGCAAAGCGAAAUGCAGAGCGGCAUGUGGUGGCGGCACCUGGCGGCAGGUGGCAUCGCCGGUGCGGUGUCCCGGACGUGUACGGCCCCACUCGAUCGUCUCAAGGUGUUCUUGCAGGUGCAAUCAACUAAACAGCGAAUCUCAGACUGUCUGCAGUACAUGCUGAAGGAGGGUGGUGUCCGCAGCCUUUGGCGGGGUAACUUCAUCAACGUGCUGAAAAUUGCUCCCGAGUCGGCGAUCAAGUUUGCCGCGUACGAACAGGUCAAGCGACUGAUCCGGGGUAACGACAAGCGCCAGAUGACCAUCUACGAGCGGUUCCUGGCGGGAGCCUGUGCCGGCGGUGUGUCCCAAACCGCAAUCUAUCCACUAGAAGUAUUAAAAACCCGACUAGCGUUAAGGAAAACCGGACAGUACAGUAGUAUAAUGGACGCGGCGAGCAAGAUCUACCGCCGCGAGGGUCUUCGCUCAUUCUACCGCGGUUACAUUCCAAACAUGCUCGGCAUCAUACCGUACGCCGGUAUCGAUCUAGCCGUGUACGAAACGCUGAAGAAGAAGUAUCUCAGCCACUACGAGACGGAACAACCGAGUUUCUGGCUGUUGUUGGCGUGCGGUAGCGCCUCCAGCACACUCGGACAGGUUUGCUCCUAUCCGCUGGCACUGGUGCGGACCCGAUUACAGGCACAAGCGGUGACCAUUGGCUCGCAGAACCCGGUGGAUGGAAUUGCUGCCGUCGAGCCAAACAUGACGAACGUGUUCAAGCGGAUUCUGCAAACCGAGGGUCCCCUUGGUCUCUAUCGUGGCAUCACGCCCAACUUCAUCAAGGUGCUGCCAGCCGUCUCGAUCAGCUAUGUGGUGUACGAGUACUCGAGCCGCGCGCUGGGAGUUAACAUGACAUGAUUUGCUACGCCCACCACAGUGUCCUGUUCGCAACAGCAACCACAACUACUACUACCCUUACCAGCCGCGCUAGUGUUUCUAAAGUUAGCCGUUAUUAAAGUCAUCUCCGUCGUCGUCGUCAUCAUCCUUCGUCAUCAGCCCGCGCCGCUCCUGCUCCCGGGGAAGGCGGCUGCGCCAUUGCAGUUAUUUAUUAAACACAUUGUUUUCCGGAAUUACGCCUAAGCUCUAAGCUGCUCCUGGAACGAACGCAUGUGACACAGUAGAAGAAAAAAGGCGGAGCAGUGAAAAGCAGCGUCAGUCCAACUGCGGCAGGAUUUAUACAUUCUCCGUAAAAAAAAACGUGAUUUUCCGUUGCUGUUUAGAUGUAAAUAUCGCAAUUAUGCUUUUGUUUCCCUUUUUUUUUUAUCAGUAUAGCAACUUGAACAAUUUUUUGAAUCAUUUUUAUAUCAGAAACAAAAACAUUAACUUGAAAAACCAAUUUGCUCUUAAAUCUAAAACCACAGAGACAUUUCCGCCCGAUUUGAUCGGUUGCCCGUGAUUAAAUCAAAACGUUUAUGUGUCUCUCUAAUGAUAAUCCUCAGAACAAUGAAAAAAAAUAUACUCCUAUGAAAUUGAUAUGAUCCAAACUGCGAACUUGUGAGUGGGUGGAAACGGAUCGUUGAUAGGCAAAGUAUGUAAGAUGUAAGAUGCAAGCAGCAAAGCAAAAAAAAACGAAACACGCAAAGCGAAAAGGAGAUUUCCUUAUCUA